CCACCAGUUCCACCAUCAUGGUGUCACCAUGGUUCCUCUCGAAUUAAAUCGGGAAUGCGGGUAGCUCAUGAGGCCUUGUCGUAAGUGUCCUUCUUUGAGCAUAAAUUCGGAAUCGUUGCAAGGUGUUGUUUGGUUUUAUUGAGGACUUGUGUGUUGGAGACUUGGAGCUUUUUGCCUUUUAAUUUGUGAACCCAGGUGGUGAACCCGGUGAACCUAUAUUAUUGACUAAAGACCUUCAGUGAAGUGCAUAGAGGAAUUAUAUGGUGAAGUGCAACCUUAAUAGGAAUAGUAUGGUGUAGAAGGGUGGAGUUCAUGAAGUUCCGUCGGGAGAGAAACCGCGUCGUUGUAUCAGCAUCAGAAAAAACCCGACGGAAGCUUGCGAGUGAAAAGUGAAUAAUUAUCUGGAGGAAUUUGAUUCAGAUCUCACCAGUUUCCCGCAUGUUGGUAUGCAUAGUGCCAGCUUGGCUUCGAUUGGGACUAGCAGAUGAUGCUGUAUCACUUCCAAAGAUGGUUCUCCAGUGAUUUUGUACCCUUGCGGUGUUUCCAACAUUGAUAUGGACUGUGUGAGGGCUUUCAUGUACCAGAACAUUGACUGCACUCCGUCCUGCCACUCGGACGGCCAGCCGGUGUCCAUGCCGACGCAGUACGCGUACUUGCCAAGUCUGAACGUUACCGCCAUCAGCUCAGGCGUCGAGGUCACGUACGGUGGAAGCCAGGUCGUUGCAUUCUACUUAAAUACGGCGACCAAUAUACUUGUGUUUGCUCUGGAUUUUUCAAGUUUGGAGUUUUACUCCUCAAGCACCUUAUUCCAAUUAGCUCAAAGGAAAGCGGAGCCUAAAACAGUCUCUGACUACGUCAGGGUAACCUAUGCUCCCGAGCUGACAGCGAAUAUAAAAUAUCGCCCACUAAUGGGCCUCACGUUUGACGACGUCACCGUGACAGCCUACCACAAAGAGCCAUUCCCCCACUUCGAAGUCGGGCCGAACGUUACACAAUCACCAGAUGCUGAGGUGCGGCGCAAGCUUCAACUCCUGCUCAAUGACGAAACGACAGCGGUGCAGGAGAUAUUCCUGACUACGGCCUAUUACGACUUUUUUGGCUUCGUAAAGGCCUACUUGUGUGAUUUCGGCUCCGAGUACAAUGGGGCCGUCAACAGGUCCUAGAGUAAUACCAUGUUCGAUUGCUCUUUGGUAAAAAUAA